UUCCCCCCGGCCCUCAGCUUCAGCCGGGAGUUUGGGCCUUUUCUUGUGUCCUGUUUGUUAAAAGGCAUGCCGGCUACUGCAUUCAAGAGGGCCAUUUUUUAACAAAGGGAAAGAGAUAGAUGUAAAUAAGCUCACAUUUUCAGAAUGAGCGGUUUGCUGUAAGAAGCUGUGGCAGCCCAGAGUCUGCUACUUUGGGCUGGGCUAACCUUUCCUUGUUAAAAAAAAAAAAAAAAAAAAAAAAAAAAAAAGGAUUAAAAUAUGCACUUUUAAAGUGCGAGUUGCCUGUUCACAUGCUUAUUAGCUAAUUUUCUACUCGCUUGAGCACACUCUCAUCUAGCACACUCUUUCUUGGGGAAUAUUGCUAUCUGGAGGAGUGUGAAAAUCAAUUCAAGCAUCCAUCGGAGGAAAUCCCUAACCACAGUGCCUCCAGAAAGUUAUUUGGUCACGCAAGUCUCAGAUAAAAUUGGUGCCAGAAUUUGAACUAAUGUGGAGGAAAACAUUUCCUACUAGUUCCUAGUGUGAGAGUGGUGAACCCUGCAGCCAGCAGGCCUCCUGAAAUAAAUCCAUGGGUGACGAAAGAUUCAUUGACUUCCAAUUCCAAGAUUUGAAUUCAAGCCUCAGACCCAGGUUGGGCAAUGCUACUGCCAAUAAUACUUGUAUUGUUGAUGAUUCCUUCAAGUAUAAUCUGAAUGGUGCUGUCUACAGUGUUGUAUUCAUUCUGGGUCUGAUAACCAACAGUGCCUCUCUGUUUGUCUUCUGCUUCCGCAUGAAAAUGAGAAGCGAGACAGCUAUUUUUAUCACUAAUCUGGCCCUCUCCGAUUUGCUCUUUGUCUGCACUCUACCUUUCAAAAUAUUUUACAAUUUCAAUCGCCACUGGCCUUUUGGUGACACUCUCUGCAAGAUCUCUGGGACUGCAUUCCUUACCAACAUCUAUGGGAGCAUGCUCUUCCUCACCUGUAUUAGCGUGGAUCGUUUCCUGGCCAUUGUUUAUCCCUUCAGAUCUCGUACCAUUAGGACCAGGAGGAAUUCUGCCAUUGUGUGUGCUGGAGUCUGGAUCCUGGUCCUCAGUGGUGGUAUUUCAGCCUCCUUGUUCUCAACCACUAAUGUCAACAAUACAACCACAACCUGCUUUGAGGGCUUCUCCAAACGUGUUUGGAAGACGUAUUUGUCCAAGAUCACCAUAUUUAUUGAAGUUGUUGGCUUCAUCAUUCCUCUGAUAUUGAAUGUCUCUUGUUCUUCUGUGGUGCUGAGAACCCUCCGCAAGCCUGCUACACUGUCUCAAAUUGGGACCAAUAAGAAAAAAGUGCUGAAGAUGAUCACAGUGCAUAUGGCAAUCUUUGUGGUCUGUUUUGUACCCUACAACUCUGUUCUCUUCCUGUAUGCCCUGGUGCGCUCUCAAGCCAUUACCAAUUGCUUUUUGGAAAGAUUUGCUAAAAUUAUGUACCCAAUCACCUUGUGCCUUGCAACUCUUAACUGUUGCUUUGACCCUUUCAUCUAUUACUUCACCCUUGAGUCCUUUCAGAAGUCCUUCUACAUCAAUACUCAUAUCAGGAUGGAGUCCAUGUUUAAGACUGAAACACCUCUUACCACAAAGCCUUCCCUUCCAGCUAUUCAAGAGGAAGUCAGUGAUCAAACAACAAAUAAUGGUGGUGAGUUAAUGCUAGAAUCCACCUUCUAGGUACGAGAAUUGUCUUUAGAUCCAAAUAUGGUUUCUCCAAUGAUUAUUUUCCUAUGUUAUGAAUAAGAUGAAAUAUUUGAAGCUAACGACACUAAGAAUAGAUUAAUGUACUAAAUACAGCCAAAUACAUUUAUUUGAGCAUUUACUUUAUAUAUGCUGAUUUGUUCAAUAAUUAUAGGUCAGGUCUAAUUACUACAAUCAAAAGUAAUGCCAAACUCUUCUGCUGGAUUGAAAUUUUAUUAUAUCACAUUAUGUAACUGGCAAGUGGACUUGACUUUAGUGAUGUGGAUAUUACUUUCAAACUUUUAAAAUCAUACUCCAUUCUGAAAAUAUUUGAUAAUUAGAUUGGGCCUAUAAAUAUAGAACAAAUUCAGGGAUUAUUUAAAACAGACAUUUUGUGUUACUACUGAUAUAUUUUUGUUUGGAUUGUUUUUCUUUUAAUUUCCAUCAAGUUUAUUUUGGCCUAAAAUAAUUAAUAAGAAAUGUAUACAAUUUAAAAGGGCUGGCAAAUUUAUUUUAUAUAUGUUGAAAGCAGAAACAUAAAUUGUGUUUGCAUGAGCAUGGAUGGGAAGAAACAGAAAAUUAACUGGAUUUACACAUUUGCAGUCACCAGCAUUGUCAGUUUAAAAAAAAUUUUUUUUUACUACAUUAAUAAUUUCAUAUGAAACUUCAAAUUCAGAAAGCUGCUAAAUAUGUGCCCAAGAUAGGUAUACAAUGGAAAAUCACAUAAAAUAACAAAUGUCCAUUAAAAAUCUAAGUAACAC